AUGUGUCAAAAAAAUAAACAAGAAAAUCUCAUCCCUCUCCUCUCCCCUCCCCUCUCCCCUCUCCUCAUCCCUCUCCUCACCCCUCCCCUCAUCCCUCCCCUCAUCCCUCCCCCCUCUCCUCAUCCCUCUCCUCAUCCCUCUCCUCAUCCCUCUCCUCAUGCCUCUCCUCAUGCCUCUCCUCAUGCCUCUCCUCAUCCCUCUCCUCAUCCCUCUCCUCAUCCCUCUCCUCAUCCCUCCCCUCAUCCCUCUCCUCAUCCCUCCCCUCCCCUCAUCCCUCUCCUCAUCCCUCUCCUCAUCCCUCUCCUCAUCCCUCCCCUCAUCCCUCCCCUCAUCCCUCCCCUCAUCCCUCCCCUCAUCCCUCCCCUCAUCCCUCCCCUCAUCCCUCCCCUCAUCCCUCCCCUCAUCCCUCUCCUCAUCCCUCUCCUCAUCCCUCUCCUCAUCCCUUCUUUUGUCCCCUGA